CCACACUCAGCCAUCUUGUGGAAAACGAAGAGAGAGAGAGAGCCCAGAGAGAGCCACACAACUCGCAUACAAACCUUGUGCUGUCACAACAAGCAGAGAACUUCAAGGAAGAAUGGCUGAAACCCAGACACUUAACUUUGGACCAGAAUGGCUCCGUGCCCUGUCUGGAGGUGGUGGAGGCAGCAGUGGUGGUGGAAGCAGCUGUGCAGUUGCCUCUCCACCCCUUUCACCUGCAUUGCCAAAGUAUAAACUUGCAGACUAUCGUUACGGGAGAGAAGAAAUGUUAGCACUUUAUGUAAAGGAUAACAAGAUCCCUAUAGACCUACAUGAUAAGGAGUUCCUGCCCAUAUUGCAGGAGGAGCCUUUGCCGCCUCUGGCACUCGUGUCUUUUACAGAGGAGGAACAGAGAAACUUUUCCAUGUCUGUAAACAGUGCAGCUGUACUUCGGCUGACAGGACGAGGAGGUGGUCCGAUAGCAGGGGCACCAAGAGGCCGAAGUACCUCAAGGGGUCGAGGCAGGGGAAGAGGAGAUGGAGGGUUUUACCAAAGAAGUUUUGAUGAUGUGGAAGGUUUUGGUCGCGGGGGGAGGGAGAUGCACCGCUCCCAGAGCUGGGAAGAAAGGGGAGACAGAAGGUUUGAAAAGCCAGGUCGGAAAGACCCAGAUGCUGCUCCAGGACAUUUUCAAAUGAAUCACAUCAGAAGUAACUAUGAAGAUGUGGGGACUGGACUGCCAAGGAAGCAUGACUUCAUACGUUCAGAGAGUGAGAAUUGGCGUUCCUCCCGUGACGAUCAGAACGGUGAGGAUGAUGAAGGGGGCUGGCGUCUGGCGGGUUCUCGACGGGACAGUGAUCGGUGGUGCCCCCCGAGCCCAGAUGGACCUCGGUCGGCAGGGUGGCGGGAACACCCAGAUCAGCGUCGCCGUUUCCCAUUUGAUGCAAGAGAAGAUGAGCGGGGUUACAGGAGGCCACGGUCAGGCAGCGGCAGCCUGGAGGAUGAGCGGGACAGCCUGCCAGAGUGGUGCCUGGAGGAUGCCGAUGAGGAGGCGGGUACCUUCGACUCAUCAGGGGCCUUUCUGUCUCUGAAGAAGGCAUCUAAGGAGCCAAUCCUGGAGGAGGCGGAGCUUGACUUUAAACCCUUGGAAGAGUGUGAAGAGGGUUUGGAGGAGGAAGAGGAGGACAGUCCACCAAAGGAGACCAAAGAAACGGAACCAGAGGCCGAACGAAAAGAGCUACUUAGAGUCUCAGAGGAGGCUCCAGCUGUUGCAGCACCUGUUGCUCCUCAAGUCACAGAAACUCCAGCUCCUGCCCAGUCCUUGUCGCCGAGCCAGCCCAACAGAACAGAAGAUUCUGAAAGGCCAGCUGAAAGACAGCAACCCCUGGAGCUCCCACCAGAGCCCUGCAAAGUCCCCCUGCACAUCCCCAUGUCAAACAGCAUGCUGGAGUCCCUACCCAUGACACACAUUUCCACCACACGAACAGAAGUAUCUGCUCCAUCGCCGACCGUCCAGCUACCACAGCCAAAGUCCAUGGAAGUCCCUAUGCUGAUUACAAACAAUCCUUUACCCUUCCCUUCAACUAUGUUGGCACCUAUUGGCAGGCCCACCGCUGUGCCACACGACACAGAUGAAGAUGAGGGGUUGAAACACUUUGAGCAGGAGGCAGAGAAGAUGGUAGCAUACCUGCAGGAUGGUGUGGUAGAUGAUGACAGACUUGCAAUAAAGACUUCAGAGAAGCCCAAACUUGCAGGCCUGCCGCUCACUCAUGAGGCUGCUCUCAAGUGGUUCUACAAAGACCCCCAAGGGGAAAUACAGGGUCCAUUCAGUAACCAGGAGAUGACAGAGUGGUUCCAGGCUGGUUACUUCACAAUGUCUCUGUUAGUGAAAAGAGGCUGUGAUGAAGUGUUUCAGGCACUCGGAGAGAUCAUGAAGAUAUGGGGAAGGGUACCAUUCACUCCAGGCCCAGCACCUCCUCCUCUACAGGGUGAUGGUGAUCAAGAGAGGUUGAAGAGGCAGCAAGAGCUCACCGCUCUCAAUCUAUACCAGUUACAGCAGCUCCAGUAUCAAUACCUCCUCAGGCAGCAGUAUGCUCAGGCCCUGGCCCAGCAGAAAGCUGCAGCUCUGAACUCUGCUCCUCUACAGCAGCAACAGCAGCAUCAACAGCAGAUUAACCUGCUACUACAGCAAUACCAGGCUCUCAAGAUGAGAGCAUCUGAGAGCCUUCUACCUCCUGUUACCCGGUCCCUCUCUGUACCGGACUCUGGUUCUGUGUGGGAAAUGCAGAACCCAUCCUCUCAGGCCUCCUGCACACCAAACCUCCAACAGUCUGCUCCAAGCACGUGGGAUGGCAGCAGUGUUUGGGAUUUACCCAUAGACUCCAUGGCUCAGGCUCCAACUAUCGAGCAGAUGCAACAGUUUGAGAAGUCAAAAGCUGCAAAAUUGGAGCUGGAGAGACGUGAGGCAGAAAUGAGAGCCAAAAGAGAGGAAGAGGAGAGGAAACGGCUAGAGGAGGCCUUAAGAGCUCGACAGGAGGAGGAGCGCAAACGCCUGGAAGAAGAGGAGUUGGCACGGCAAAAACAGGAGGAGGCAUUAAGACGACAGAGAGAGCUUGAAGAGGCACAGCGCAGGCAAAAAGAAGAGGAGGAGAGACUGGCACAAGAAGAGGCUCUCCGCAGAUUAGAAGAGAGGAGAAGGGAAGAAGAGGAGCGGAAGAAACGUGAGGAGUUUCUUCGCAAACAGGAGGAAGAGCGCAGGAAGCAGGAGGAACUUGAAGCAUUGCGGAGGCGUGAGGAGGAGAAGCGAGCAGAGGAGGAGGCAGCUGCUGCUGCUGCAGCUGCUGCCCUGGCUCAACAACAAGAGGAGGAGCAGAAGAGGAGAGAGCUGGAGGCCCAGAGACAGCAGGAGCUGCAGAGACAAAGGCAGCAGCAACAAGAAGCCCUCAGGAGACUUCAACAACAGCAGCAGCAGCAGCAGCUCGCACAGAUGAAGCUUCCAUCCUCCUCAAAGUGGGGCCAGCAGUCAGCCAACGCCAUAAACCAGAACCAGAACGCUCUGUCGCUGGCUGAGAUCCAGAAACUCGAAGAGGAGAGAGAACGACAGGCGCGGGAGGAGCAGCGACGUCAGCAGCAGGAACUCCUGAAACUACAACAGCAGCAGGCAUUGCAGCAGGCACAGCAGCCCCAGGCCAAGCUAUCUGGUUGGGGUAAUGUGGCCAAACAGCCAGUUAUUACCAAAUCUUUGCUGGAGAUUCAAAGGGAAGAAGCCCAGCUGAUGAAACAGAGGAAGGAUCAUCAGCAGCAGCAACCACCACAACACCCCAUCAUCUCUCAACAGAUCCGCGCUCAAACAAGAACUACAUCUCUGAGUAACUCUGUGUGGGGGUCUGUGAACACCAGCCCCUGCACAAACUGGGGCUCAGACUCCAGCAGUAUUUGGGGCGACACCCACAACUCCAACAUGGGCUUCUGGGACGAGGCUGUGAAGGAAGCUGUCCAGCAACCUCCUCCAUCCAGGAAAGGCAACAUGCAAAAGAACAACAAAGGCAACGCCAACUUAAGUAAUUCUAUGAGUGGGCGAGCCAAUAAGAAGGUAGAGGAGGAAGAGAAGCUGCUAAAGUUGUUUCAAGGGGUCAGUAAGAGCCAGCAGGACACCUUUAUGCAAUGGUGUGAGCAAACCCUGCACACGCUCAACACAGCCAACAAUCUGGAUGUUCCAACGUUUGCAUCCUUCCUGAAAGAAGUGGACUCUCCAUACGAGGUGCACGAUUACGUCAGGGCCUAUCUGGGGGACACUCCCGAGGCCAAGGACUUUGCCAAGCAGUUCCUAGAACGUCGUGCCAAACAGAACGCUAACCAACAAAAACCGGCACCGCAGAACCAACAACAAGCCCUCAAACAGCAGCAGCAGCAGCAGGACUCGGUAUGGGGUGGAACGGGCUCUUCAUCUCUCUACCAGUCCAAUCACACAAGUGGGCAACAGCAGCAGCAGCAGCAGCGCUUUGAGACCGUCACCUCAGGGAAGAAGAAAAAGAAGCAGAAGAUGGUCCGCGCAGAUCCCAGCCUUUUAGGUUUCUCUGUGAAUGCGUCAUCUGAGAGAUUGAAUAUGGGAGAGAUUGAGACUUUGGAGGACUUUUAAGGGACUGCAGCCAAGCAAACCUAACUGACUGUAUCCAAUUUGAACAGCAGCUGUUUUACCUGAACCCCCUUCACAACCCCACAACUGCUUCAGAAACCUUUUUUUCAGUUUUCCAUUUCUCAAACAAACACUGGUAAUCUCUCAAUUUCAAAUUGUGAAAAGUCUCAGAGACGGCGAGUUUCCUGUUGCUUACGGACUUUUAAAAUGACAAAACUCGAGACAAAGGUAAAACUGUCAACCAGCCAAGAGAGUGACCACAUGAUGAACUGAAGUUUGGAGAAGAAUCUUGAGGUGUUGUUCACCUGCUCAGCCAAAAUCAUGUCCAUGUUCUACAAAUCCAGUGACAACUAAUUUCUAAUUUGGCCACCAUUGGGAUUUUUUUAAGUGUGGAUAUAUGGGUGGGUGCUUGGGGUAUAUGGGAAAAGGUUAGAGUGAUUAUAUCCAUUGUUUUGUUUUAUUUAUUGAAAUUUUUCUCCCUCACACUUU